CCGUCACACAGCAGAGAGAGGUAAUCAAUCAAUCAAGCCCAUUAACCUGCGGUCAUGAAGACAUUCGCUUCGUUGUCUGCUCGACUUAAUUGAUUAUUAGCACAAGUUUAUUGGUUUUGACGGUGGCGUUCAUGGACGAAGACGGUGACGCAGGUGAAGACUUGGACUGUCCAAGCCUUCUGUGUGAGGAACUGGAGGAUUUGUCAAAAAACAGCAACCGAGGGAACAUGAGCAGGAGGAGGAGGAGGAGGAAGAGGAGGGAAAAGGAGGAGGAAGUGUUUAGUCAGUGGGAGGAUGAAGAGGCAGCAGAGGAGACAUGGCGAGAAGAGAAGGAUGGGGAGGGGGGGAAAGAAGAGAAAGUUGUGACAGAGGAGGAGCAGGUGAAGCCUGAGAGUGGGCUGAAAGCGGGGGCGGCACAGGAGGUGCAGAUGGAAGACAACAAGAUUGAGAAGGCCAAGGAAACAAUUGCUGAUGAACAAGAGAGUACAGUGACAAAGCGCUUAGCACAAAAAGAUGAGCAGCAGAAGAAGAGUAAGAAGAAGCGAGGGAGGAAGCAAAGUGAGCAGGUGAGAAGUAAGAGAGGAGUAAAGGAUGUUGGUGAGAGGUCUGAGGAGAUGAAGAAAAGUGAGACACAGGAGGUGCCAGCGAUGAGCUCAGAGGAGACCUCGGCUCUGACGAACAGCUGUGACCUCUCUGACCCACUCUUCUUGGGGUUUGGGGGGACAGGGCUGUGUUGUCCCCCAGUUCCCAUCCCCCUGCUGUACUCCUCGCAGCCUCCUGUCUCCAUCCAGCCCACAUGUCCUCAGCCACAGAGUAACAAAAGACCUCAUAGCCCCCUUCUGCCUCACAGUGUCCCCCAGCAGGGCCCACAACCACUUGAGAUGGAGAUAACGCAGGUAUACUCCACCCGACGCUCCAUCCGCUACAGCACCAGGGGCCGAGGUCGAGCCCUCAGCUUCCCACUGCUGCCAGGGAUAGAGUCUGUGGACAGCUGCCUGCUGCCACCUGCACCGAAGAAGAAGACACGGACGCUCUACAGCACAGAUCAGUUAGAGCAUCUAGAGGCCCUUUUCCAAGAGGAUCACUAUCCGGACGCAGAAAAAAGGAAAGUGAUUGCUACUUCAGUCGGCGUCACACCUCAGAGAAUUAUGGUCUGGUUUCAGAACCGGAGGGCAAAGUGGAGGAAAGUACGUGCUGUUACAGCAAAGGUGGAACACGGACAGAGUAGAGCCGAAUACAGUCCACAUCACCAAAUCAAUCCCAUGCCCACACUGGCUCACAGCAGUAAGGGAGCCGCUUCUUUGUCUCGUUAUUAUGCUCCUCCCAAGCUACCCCAGCUUGCCCCUGUGCCACCUUCAUUCCCCACCAUAACCACUCAGAGCCCACCCUCCCACAGCAGCCUGUUGUCCAGCCUCAGCAGCCCAGGUGAAAGCAGAGUGAGGGAUACAGGCCAGCAACAGCUUUCAUCUCAGGAGGGUUUGGUGGAGUAUCCCCCCCGUCCCAUGCAGAGCCCUCCCCCUCUGCGGCGAGCCAGCCUUCCUCUUUUCACCUCAACCUUUAACUCUGCAAACCCCACUCCCCCUCUCCUCAACACACCAGCCCACACCCCACCCCUCUUCCUGGAUGCUCUGGAGGGUGGCUCUACCUUGGCCCACCGUGAGACCCAGUCUCUGCCGACUGACACCAGUUUGCUCUUUGACUUGGACUACCUGACGUCUAGCCAGCAGAGCAACACUCUGUCUUACCAGCUCCAGACCUCCUACCCCACCAGCCAGCCUCAGCUCCAACCUCAAGCAUCUCUGCCCCGCAUGACCUACUUCACACCAUCCCCCUACCUCACCCCUAACCCUCCAGAGUCUAAUCCUACUUCCUACCUGACUUUUGGCCCUGGAGGAAACUCGACAGGAGUGGUGACCUAUUCCACCACAGGUCAUGCCUACUUUCAGUCCCAGAGUGCAGGUCAAAUCCUACUGCAGUCAUCUGGUCACCACGCUGGGAUUACAGCGUACCAGUCUUACCCAUGGGGCAACAUGUGCAGUCAGCCAGCCAUGCACCAGCGUACUCAGUGCCCUCCUGCUUACCCUGGCAGCUUGGGACCCGGUCGAGAGCACCAGCCUACCUCUUCCACCACCCUCCCUCUUCCUUCGUUCUUUCCUGGGGAGGACCAGGAGUUGUUGCAUGCAAAUUCCCAGAAUCCUUCACUCAACCAGACUUUCACAAGCAGCACCACCAGCACCGCCACCGUCCUGCCACCUGUGUCAACGCUGCGGCACUCUUGCCUCAGGGUGGAGGAUACUCCAGCCAGGGAGUCAUUGCUAAUGCCCUCGCAGGUCAACGCGGCCUCUCCAGAAAGCCCUGCAGUGCCCUCUUGUGUCAAAAUUGAGUAUGACAGUCCUAGAGAGAUCCACAGCCACUUCCACUGCGACUUUUCUCCCAUACAUUUUUGACUUUAAGUGUGUGUGAGCGUGUGUGCAUGUGUUUCAACUGUCUAUGUAAAUAUAAUAUAUGUGGAUUUCUAAAUUUCCUGUUUUUGUUACUAUUAGGAUGUUCUCAGCUGAAAUGUGAAAGCCACCAGGCUUUAGUUUGCUGGCUGCAAUAAAUGCUCAUUGCGCUGUUAAUCAUUUAUUUCUGCAUUUAACUUGGUUUUAUAAUCUAAAACAACAACUGAAGCGUAUUUUGUUUUUGUCUUUCGAUGUCCCUUUUUAGGACAGUUUGUUUUUGCUCAAAUUGUAGCUUAUUUCAGGUACCUCAGAAAAGAUAUCUUGGUACCAGUUUAGAAAUCAGAAUGAGAUGUGAAGAAACACUACACUGAAAAAUAACAUCACUGAGUCUGUAUUUUUUUAAAUUGGCUAAAGAAUUAAUCAGGGACAUUCAAGUCUGGCUUCAGUCACAUGUUCUGCUAAAAUAUGGUGAUAGAAAUGUUGCACAAAUGUAACCUGCUACAUUUCAGAGGACCCCCCCCCCCCACCCCACCCCCACUGUUCAAUAAAGACACAAAUAUACUAUAAUAUCCUUAGAGUUAUAAAUAAGUUAGAAAUAUAUGUGUAAUAUGUAGUCCUGUUGCUUUUUUGUUUUUGAAUAUUAGGGCUUUAAAAUGUUUCUGGUUCCAAUGUCUCUGUGAUUCGGUUAAACUGGAUAAAGAAUUUGUUAACAUUU